CACCCACACACCCACACCCACACCCACACCCACACCCACCCACACCCACACACCCGUGUAAAAGUUUCAUUGCAACGCUUCUCGAAUUUAUUGAAUUUUUGGACAAGAUGUAAAAUCAAUAAAAUAAAAACUAUUUUAUUCGAUAGAGUAAUUGAUGCUCUAUCCAGCUAUAUGAAAAUAAAAAAUCUCUGAUGCUUUAUAUAGAUAAAGUAAACUGCACAAAACUAUCAAAAAUAACUGAAUCAAGCUGUAUAAAUAAUCAUCCUACAAAAGGUUCUAAAUUCGAGAUUACAAAUCAAAUCCUCAGGUCCCUAUAUUUUUCCAUCGAAAGCUCACCUACAAUUUUCAUCCACUGUGAAGGCUCUACUCUUUUGGCAUCUUAGAGAUCUUGGCAAGAACUAGAAGUGACAUAGAUGUAAGAAUCGUUACGAAGUCCUUUUUUUAUAGGAAAUUAGGUAAAGGCUUCUGAAUUUUUAUAUAUGGAAAGAAUAUUCUCGAAAGUUUUAUCAAAUUCCCUUCAAAGAAGAUGAAUGUCUCCUUCAUAGUUCUUCCUCCCACGUGAGAGAAGGAUCUCUUCGACAACGACGAUUGCUUGUCUUUUUUGUUUAUUGUAGUAAUUCCCAAUAUUCCAGUCGAUGCUCGAUGGGUACAGAAUGGUAUGACUGUUGCUGGAGGCCAUGGAUGGGGCACUUUCACUAAUCAACUCAACUGCCCUCGUGAUCUCUUCAUUGAUGAUGAUCAAACGAUGGUCAUUGUUGACUGGUGGAAUCAUCGCAUCAUCCAAUGGACGAUGGGUGAUUCGAAUGGACAAGUGAUAGCUGGCGGCAAUCGCCCAGGAAAUCGAUUGGAUCAAUUGGAUCGACCAACCGAUGUAUUGAUCGACAAAGAGACGGAUAGUCUCAUUAUUUGUGAUGGAGUGAAUCGGCGAGUCACUGAAACAACUUCGGAUACUAUAAAUGGUAAUGAUUGUAUUGAAUUAACAUUAUCACCAGGAACAAAUACUACUAGUUCACAAUUAACACGAUCUGAUCAAUUAUAUCUAAUUCAUGAUAAUGAUGAUGAUAUUUAUCCAGCUGUUAAAGUAACACUUGGUGGUGAAUUACCAGAAAAUGCUACAGAAAGUGAAAAUAAAGAUAAUGAUAAUGAUAAAAAGAAAAUAAUUGAAAAACAAGAACAAUCAUCAAUAUCGAAAUCUAAAUGCAACCGAGAACGUAAUGAUGAUAAAGAAUUAUUAUCACUAGCUGAUGAAGAAGAAAAUCGUCCAACUUCUUCUACACCUUCUCCUCCUCCUCCUACUACUGCAGAGAAAACCAAAGUAAAAAAAUCAUCAUCAGAAACAACAACAAUAGUAUUUACAAAUACUUCUGUGCCACUCCUAUUGAACAUUAUGAUGGAUGAUAUUCAUCCAACAAAUCAAUCUGACAAUUCGACAAUUGAAUAUUUGAUUAAUCCAGAUUCAUUAACAGCUCGAGUUGAUAAAUUAAAUAUAAUUGAAACAGAUCGAAUUGAAUUUAAACUUAAUUUACCUUGUUCACGAUAUUUACGACGAAAGACUAUUGAUUCGCAAGAAUAA